AAUGAUCUUAAAUCUAAAUACCAUUGGCCUUUGUAGUUUUGUUUGUUAAGAUCAAAUCAGGUUUCAACUAAAGCAGGAAAGGAAGAUUCCGCCAAGUUCUAGACACCCCUUGCCAUCCCCCUGCAUUUAUUGAACAAUACUUCUCAGGAAUCUAGUUGAAUUGCAAGGUCCUCAGCGAGAGCGGUUGAAAUCAAGGUAGCAUGCAAAUUCUGCAUCCAUGGAGGGUUAUUCAUCAGAUGGUUCCACUUCAUUUUUCACCUCAGAGAUGCCAGAUUUCACCUCAGAGAUGCCAGAAGACUCCCAACUUCUAUCCCAAAAUGACAUCAAGAUUAUUGACUCUUGGUUCUCCGAGGGGACUAAUGACAUCGAUUGGCUUGCUACAAAUGGACCAAUGGAGCCUCUAUUUGACUACUUGAAUCAAGUCGAAACAUCUGAAGCUUCAUGUCAAACAAAAACUGGAUCUGGUAGUGCUAGACAUAAACUUACCCCAACUCAAAGAAGAGAGAACAAAAGAAAAAGUGAUUUCAAGUACAGGCAAAAUCUCAAGAAAACAGCAGAUGAACAGAUUGCUGAGAUUAAACGCUUAAAAGAGGAAAAUGAACGUUUAAAUGCUGAGAAUACAAGGUUAAAAGACCAAAUAGGAUCACUUCUUUCCAAUGGCCAACUCCAAGCAGCAGCUCCACUGAGACAAGAGAGUUUCAUUACCCAAUCAACUGGCAAACAGUUUCAGCUUCCAGCUGUUCCAGUAAAUGUAGUUGAUACUAUUGACUGUAUAGCACAAAAUCAGGCCAAAACUGAAGCUGGAACAAGCAGUAAUAAUGAUGCGGCCAUUACUGACAUUCUUAUGAAACUUGAAGCUGAUGAUGAGAGCAGAGUGAAGUUCUCUGACUUCACUGGCUUACAUGGUGAGCGCAUGACACUUGGCAAAUAUAGUUUCCCACCAGCUCUACAUCCGAUUGUAAACAACAUCAUCAAUGUCUACGGUGAUGUUUCAGCAACAAGUAAGAUGAACCCAAGUAUUGCUGAGACCCUUUAUAUCAUGUUCUGUGCUUCUGUCAAAGAGAUGAGCAAUCUACAGCUGGAGCAAGUCACCGAGGAUCUGAUAUUGAAGUGGAGGGAUGCGAUAAAAGAUGCUUUACGCAUCAAUUUCAAUGUGGAUUUUGCCAUGGAACAUUUGAAGAAAAUUGCUUGUGCUUACAUUGGUUUAAUGGAGCUUCGAAAGCUGGAUAAUGUGGGUUUGAGGAUAUCCAAAUUAGAGUCUGAGUUGAGUGCUGAGAAAAAGGAACAUUCGAAGAUAUGUGAGCAGUCAAAGCAGUUCAUGGAUGCUGCAGAAGAGUUUAAUGGUAAGCCUGUCGGCUCAGGUAUGUUUAAGAGUGUUGGCUAGGUCCAUGUUGAGCUAGAGCUAUCAAAUGAGCCUAAGUAUUCUCGAGCUUUGAUUUGAGUAGCUAUCAGUUCUAAUUGUGUUUUCUAAUUAUUUUUUUCCCUUUGUUUGAAGCUAAAAUUUGAGCUUAAAUAAUUGAGUUGCCAAGUCUGAGAA